AGAACGAGAGAGACGGCGAUUGGCGAGAGAUCGAGUAGCCCACUGCAACCCGGUCCAAACUCCGGUCCUCCCCUUCCCCCUCAGCCCUUGCGCGCUUCCUCGCCGCCGGGCGUGGUCUCCCUCCCUCCCUCCGAAUCUACUCGCGCUCCCAACCUUUCCCCGUCCGCCCGCCUCUGCUCCCAAACAAUCAAAAUAGUGGCAUGGCAUCUCGCAUCCUCCAUGCGCGCGCUGGGGCCUCUGUUGCCGCUCGAUCAGUGCGCGCCCACGGCAGACCGAUCUUGACUCCUUCAACGGCUUACCCUACGCUGAUGGCUGAUGCUGGAAGCUGCGCUGGAACAAUCCCGGCAAUUCAGGGCCUUCGUCAUUACGGAACACCCUCCAAUCAUCAGAAUGUAGCAGAGCUGAAUGAAGCACUGGGAAAGGUGGAGAGGAGGCUGGAUGCACUUGAGGGAAAAUGUGAUGUUGGGCAUAAGCCAUCCAUGAAAGUGACCAUAAAGAUGUUGGAAGCGUGGACAUAACAAAGGAAUUUCGUCAAGUAACAGAUGGGCUUAUGACCGUAGGUUUUAGUCUUACCUUAGGUGUGGCAGUAUAUUACCAUUUAUUCUAGAUGUUUGCAAGAGCCACUCCACUGUAUAAGUGAAGUUAAGAUGGUGUGGAAUUACUUCUAGAAAUGGUGGCUGACAAGCAAAUAUUUGGUCCUGGCUUAGUUUGUGGAAACGGUUGUGAAGUGGCAAUGCUUUUGUAA